AUGGAGGUGUGUUUGACCUGUUCUGAGAGUAACUGUGUUGAGGGGUACAGCUCUGAGACUCUGAGGAGUACAGCUCUAAAGGGUAACUGUGUUGAGGGGUACAGCUCUGAGGGUAACUGUGUUGAGGGGUACAGCUCUGAGGGUAACUGUGUUGAGGGGUACAGCUCUGAGGGGUACAGCUCUGAGGGUAACUGUGUUGAGGGGUACAGCUCUGAGGGUUACUGUGUUGAGGGGUACAGCUCUGAGGGUUACUGUGUUGAGGGGUACAGCUCUGAGGGGUACAGCUCUGAGGGUAACUGUGUUGAGGGGUACAGCUCUGAGGGUUACUGUGUUGAGGGGUACAGCUCUGAGGGUUACUGUGUUGAGGGGUACAGCUCUGAGGGGUACAGCUCUGAGGGUAACUGUGUUGAGGGGUACAGCUCUGAGGGUAACUGUGUUGAGGGGUACAGCUCUGAGGGGUACUGUGUUGAGGGGUACAGCUCUGAGGGGUACAGCUCUGAGAGUAACUGUGUUGAGGGGUACAGCUCUGAGGGUAACUGUGUUGAGGGGUACAGCUCUGAGGGGUACAGCUCUGAGGGUAACUGUGUUGAGGGGUACAGCUCUGAGGGUAACUGUGUUGAGGGGUACAGCUCUGAGGGGUACUGCUCUGAGGGUAACUGUGUUGAGGGGUACAGCUCUGAGGGUAACUGUGUUGAGGUUGAGGAACGGAGGCGGCUGGAGGUGCAGGGUGUGAGGCCCAGGGGGGGUCUGGAUCUUACUGGCCUGCAGGCCCACGAGGCUCCCUGGGUCCAGGAAAGAACCCUACUGCAGCAGGAGGUCCGGUUGUUCAGACACAACACCAUCAUCUUCUAUAUGAAGCUACGCUGGAUCCUUAUGCACUGGAGGCUGGGGAAGAGGACAGAGGCAGGGGAGGAGACCGCACACGCAGAGUAUGAGAAGUUGGAGGGUAUUCCAGAGCUGAUCUUGGAGCAUGGAGAGGGAGAGACGGAGAGAGAGGACAGGGAAAGGUCGUGUACCCAGCUACCCCAGAGAGACAGCCCCGAGCCUGGCCCCACAACCCAACUCCCCUCCACUGAACGCCUGCAGCACCAGACACAGGUGGGUGAGAACCGUAGGGUGCUCCAGGCAGUGCGCUCCCUGUUAGAGGAGUUCAGGUUAGAGUUGAGGGAGGAGGAGAACAGGAGGUGCCAGCUGCAGCAGAUCUAUGCUAAUGACAAAGCUUCCUGGGAGGUCAAAUGGGCAGAGAUGAAGUGUCACGUCGCUCAGCUGGAAGAGGAGAGACGAGAAGAGAAAGGAGAGGUGAGAGGAGAGGCCAGAGGGGAGACGCAGGGAGGAGGAGGAGGAGACCCAGACUGGGCCUUUAAACAGGAGCGAGAGGAGCACCGUUGCCUCCUGGCAGAGAGCCACAGCACCUCCCUGGACCUCCACUGGAAGUUCCAGCAGGGAGAGAAGAGGUGGGGGAGGGAGAGGAGAGGCCUACUGGAACGCUUCGACCAGGAGAGACAAGAGUGGGACAGCAACAUGAGAAACAUGCACCACGAGAUGGAGAGGCUGCAGAGAGAGCUAAAUGUCCGACAGAGCAGUGAGGGCUCACCCUCCGACGUCAAAGACGGGGCGAUGGCAGGAGGACACAGGGGUGUCUUUUCCCCUCAGGAGAGCCCUUGUAAGGUCCCUCGCUCCCCUCGGUCACCCCGCUCCCCUCGCUCUGCCAUCCCCGGCCCUGUUUCCCUCCCCACCCGCUCCCACUCGGACUCAGAGGCCCAUGAAGAGCAGGGGGCUGUAGUGAGGGUCAGAGGCCCAACAGAGAACAUUUUCGUGGACGCUCUGACGCUAGACUCCCUUGGUAGCCUGGAGGUCCCACUUCCCAGCAGACUGGACUCUGACAAGAGGUUCCUCUAUAUGAACCAGGCUCUGAAUGAGAUCCCAGACAUAGAGGACCCAAUGUACCAGGAGGAAGAGGAGGAGGAGGAAGAGAUGGGCUUUGGCAGUCUGCUCAGGGCCAAGUCAGUCUGUUCUAUGAGUGACUUCCAGCGUCUGAUGGACAGCUCUCCUUUCCUGCCUGACAAGAGUCGUCAUGGUGACUGUGGCCGUGACGACGUGACCCCACCCCUUUCACCUGAUGACCUGAAGUACAUAGAGGAGUUCAACAGUAAGGGGUGGGGCUUUCCUGUCCCUGGCCCCUCCCCUACACCAGGCCACCACACCCCCACACCCAUGGAAGCCUGGGCAGAACGGCCCACGUCAGAACCAUUCCAGCCAGCCUUGUGGUUCCUGACAACCAGUGCUACGCUUACUACUAACACCCUGUCCAGCCCUGAACCCCAUCCCCUCUGCCAGCACUCCCCUCUCAGGGGUAACGGGGGUAACAGAGGAGGGGGGGCAAGUGUCCAUGUCUCCCACAGCCCCACCCGACCCCCAGGAACCCCUGAACAGGACUACAUGUACCCCAAAGGGACCAAGGGGCGAGGGGGUGGCGGUGAGGUGGGGGAUCCCCCUGGGGUAGGGGGACCAGACGAGGUAUUUGGUAAUGGUAGGUGGCCCUCCACCUGUCAUAAGGAGUUAUUAGAGGGUGGGGGUGGACUGGGAGGCGGACUUAGGGUUCCGUCUGGCGUGGGCCCCAUCCCCACGGUGGGGUACGCCUCGUCUCUGGAGCUGCAGCUGUCACGGAACCUCAGUGAUGACAUGAAGGAGGUGGCCUUCUCCGUGAGGAACUACCGCUCAGGCCCUGGUACCUCGGACCUCCUGGAGCAACACAGACAGCUCCGAGACACGGCGUGUCAGACCAACGGUUUCACUACUCGGGGAACCCAGACCACCCAGACCAUCAGUGUGGGCUUACAAACUGACAUCCUCCGCAACCUCACCAGCUCCCCCCACCGCUGCCUCACCCCUAUAGGAGGAGGCUCCACCCCCAUCUCCUCCCCCUCCAGAAACAUCCGUAAGAUACAGUACUCUCCUGUAGUCCAGUCCAAGUUCGAGCGGACAUGUUGUUCUCCUAAGUACGGUUCUCCUAAGCUCCAGAGGAAGUUGUCGACAUCAUCGAAGGCUGACGUCCCUGUAGGGGCCUCCUCCAGCUCCACGACCGGCCCCAGGGUUCCGACUCCCACCACCCCCCAGAAGGGAGCCUCUGAGUCGGCCUGGGCUCGUUCCACCACCACCAGGGACUCUCCGGUCCACACCACCAUCAACGAUGGCCUGUCCAGCCUCUUCAACAUCAUAGACCACACCCCCGUAGCUUACGAACCCCUGCAGUCCAAAUUCACCAAGUCCCCAAGCCGCACCCGCCCCGCCCCCCCUGACCCCUCACCUCCCGGGGGGCCAGGGGUACCCAGCCUACCACCCUCAGACCCCAAAGACCCCAGGUCCCUUGGAGCAGCCCAGGAGUUCCUGAGGAAUGUCCGCGGGCGUUCUCCCAGCCCGGUGCAGCUGAUAGUAGAGACCCAGGGAGGGCCGGGGGGAACAGGAGGGGAGAGGACACCGGAGGUGGUCAGUAUACGCCAGGACCUGUCUGCCCCGCCUGGAUACACGCUGGCAGAGAACGCAGCCCGUCUGCUUAACAAGAAGCUGUUGGAACAGAGCUUCAGGGAGGAGAAGAGACUGGGGUCUGCAGGCCAGAGCAGAGAUGGGAGGCAUGGAGAAGGAGACCGGAACCAGGAGGGGUGUAUGGAGUCCUUCAUGAAUGAAGUUUUCCAGGACAUGACCAACCAGAUCCACAUCGUGUACAUUGAUGAUAUCUUGAUCUACUCUCACUCCCUUGCAGAGCACGUACAGCAUGUGCAACAGGUCCUCAAACGACUACAAGACCACCAUCUUUAUGUCAAGGCUGAGAAGAGCUCCUUUCACGUUACUACGGUAACCUUCCUAGGUUUUAUGUUGACACCAGGCGGGGUCAACAUGGACGAAGACAAAGUCAUGGCCGUGCUUAACUGGCCCAAACCUACCACCGUAAAGGAACUACAACAUAUCCUAGGAUUUUCCGACUACUACCGCCGGUUCAUUCGAAACUGCAGCAGCACAACCAGCUCCUCUCUCAGCUCUCACCAGUCAAAAACCUGUACCCUCCAAUGGACCGACACUGACCUUACUGCAUUUGAGACCUUGAACUGCCUCUUCACCUCUGCACCCAUCCUUAGGCAGCCAGACCCUUCCUUUUGUUCUGGAGGUUGA